CAUGUGGCCCCGGGAAAGACUGCACCGUUUUUACUCUUCUUGACAAGAAACCAGGAAAAGCGUCUAAGCAACUUUUUUGGGGGGUGUGAACGCUUUCACCCAGAGACCACAACUGCUGCUGGGAUAUUUCUGUGAACUCUGACCGCCAGCAGGACUAUUCUCCCCUCUGAAAUGGAGCUCGCCGGGAAGAAAAGAGGAAUUGUGAUCAAAGACGACUGGCCGGGAUACGGUCUGGAUUUGUUCACCUACCCGGAGCACUACCACGACGACAUCGACAGCGUUUACAUUCCACACGGCGUGGUCAUGAACAGAACCGAACGACUGGCCCGCUACAUCGUGGACGACUUUGUGGAUGACGACAUUAUGGUGCUGUGCGUGUUGAAGGGUGGCUACAAGUUCUGCGCCGACCUGAUGGAGUGCAUCAAGGUGUUAGGAUGCAACUCCAACAAGUACCUGGAGACCCGCGUGGAGUUCAUCCGACUCAAGAGCUACCUGAAUGACCAAUCGACAGAGGAUCUGCACAUCAUCGGCAGCCGAGACCUGUCCUUCUUGCUCGGAAAGAGCGUGCUCAUCGUUGAGGCCAUUGUUGAUACCGGCAAGACAAUGAAGACCCUUCGGAAGCAUGUGGAGACCUUUCAACCCAAGAUGGUCAAGGUCGCGGGCCUGCUGGUGAAGAGGGCUCCCAACAUGGACGAGAACCUGACGGAUUAUGUGGGAUUCGAAAUCCCCAACCGCUUCGUGGUGGGCUACGCUUUGGACUACAACGAGUACUUCCGCGACCUGAACCAUAUCUGUGUCAUCAGCAAGAGCGGCAAGCAGAAGUACAAGGUUUGACUCAACAUCCCAAUGGAAAUAAAUUCUGUUUCCAAACCACAAAAUAUAUACAUUUGUCCAUCUUUGAA